AUUCUGUGCCUGACCGCCGCGGGUUCCGUUCUUGGCCCGCCCGAGGUUCCGUUAUAAAAGACGCGUGCUGCUCCAAAACCGAUGGAGUUCGAUUCGAGACCGCAAAGGUUCUGUGUCCUGCCUGGCAGCCUCUAAAAAAUAAAAUAGAAAAUAAAGUUUACAGUGGCCUCUCCAAGUGAUAUAACCGAAACACAAGUGUUUUCAAAUAAUAUUUUUGACGAAAGUAAAAAAAUAAGAACCGUACAAUGCAUUUUAUCACCCUCUUCAUGAUAGUCUGCUGCUCAGUGGCCCUCAGCCGGGCCAACGAAUGGGGCUAUCCGGACUUGGAUAGCAAUCAGGAUGAGCCCUUUCCAAAAUGGGGCGGUCUUUGCGAUAAUGGCAGGAAGCAAAGCCCCAUCAAUCUGCAUGUCAAAGGGGCUCUGAAGGGGGAGUUUGGUCCUCUGAAGUUCGAGAACUACGAUGAGCAUCAGAAAAAUCUACGAAUGGUCAACAAUGGGCAUUCAAUUCAACUAUCUGGCUUCGAUCACGAAUUGACAUUGAGUGGAGGUGCCCUGCUGCAUGACUACGUGGUGGAGCAGAUCCAUAUGCAUUGGUGGUCGGAGCACACGAUCAACGACAUCCGCUAUCCUCUGGAGGUGCACAUUGUGCAUAGGAACACCAUUUACCCCAACAUGACAAUGGCGGCCAACUUUAAGGAUGGCAUUGUGGUCAUUGGAGUGCUGUACCAUGUGUCCAACACACCCAACGAGGCCAUCGGCAGCAUCAUCAAGAGCUUGGACGCUGUGAAAAGCUAUGGGAGCAUGAACAAGCCUGCCCUGGUGGCAGACUCCCUGGCGGUGGACGACCUGGUGCCCAGUGUGGCGAACUACUUCACCUACGCUGGCUCCCUGACCACGCCCACCUGUGCCGAGGCCGUCACCUGGAUUGUGCUCACCAAUACCUUCCCGGUGACCCUGGAUCAGGUCAACGAGUUCAAGGAGAUCGAGUACGAGGAGGGCAAGCGGCUGCACAACAACUACCGGGAGCUGCAGAGCGAGAACAAUCGAGCGGUAGUCCUGGUCGAGCAGCCCGAGGAUCGUUCGGGGGCGGCAGGAGUCACUGCAUCCGUGUCCCUGGUCAUGAUGCUCAUCCUGGCGGGCCAGAAGUUCCUGCUAUAGAUGCAGAUGUAAAGUCGAUAUGGACACACACACCCCGAAGAGAGAGCAGCCAAUGACAUACUUGUACCAAAGAAUCGUUAUAAACAACGAAAUUUGUUUACCAAUUAUAUUAUUAACAAUCCAACAAUCGGCGACACAGGAGAGCAACGUCAGAUCAGACAAUUUAUACUCAUUAAUUGUAAUGCAGGACAGAACAAGAUUUCAGCUAGUCAGUUUGUGUAAAGUUCGUUAAGUGCAAAGUUCACAGAUAAUAAAUGAAACAUUUUACAAGCAUA